AUGUUGUCACGGUGGCUGGGGCGAGCCAAGGCGGCGCCGUCGCACGCCGAGUACAUCAUCGUCGGCGGCGGCUCGGCGGGCAGCGUCCUUGCGAACCGCCUCUCCAAGGACCACUCGGUGCUGCUGCUCGAGGCUGGCAAGAGUGACAAGGGCCAUUGGGACUCGUGGAAGAUGAAGAUGCCGGCGGCGUUGACGUUCAAUCUUGCAGACGCACGCUACAACUGGGCGUACAUGACGGAGCCGCAAGAGCACGUCAACAACCGCCGGCUCGCGUGGCCCCGCGGCCGCGUUCUCGGCGGCUCGUCGUCGCUCAACGCCAUGGUGUACAUUCGCGGCCACGCCCACGACUACGACGACUGGGCGCGCAGCGGUGCGACAGGGUGGUCGUACGAGGACUGUUUGCCGUACUUUAAGAAGGCGCAAGCGCACGAGCUCGGCGAGGAUGCGUACCGCG